CACUUCCUCUAUACACAGAGAAUAAUUUCUAUCAAGAUUCGUACUUUAGACAAUGCUUUUAUUCCCGUCAACUUCUGCUGUAUGUUUGGAUUUCUUGUCAAGCAGAAAUUAUAUUCUCAUAUUCUGAUUUCCAUCCGCUGUUUAGAUUUCACUUCUUUGAUCUCUCAUAUUCUUAGAAGCAGGGCCUGAUGCAACACUUUUUCCUUUUUCUGACCCAUUUACUUUGCGUAAUAUUGUUGUUUUUAUACACUUCUAUCAGGGCUAUUUAUCGUUUUCAUUCAUGUAAUAUAUCUUACCUGUAAAUUGUAUUGGGCUAAUUGAUAAUGAUGUUUUGUUAUCAACAGUUCCCAUUUUGAGAGUCUGAGAUGGAUAGCAAUUUAUAAAGGGCGUCUACUCUUUCAUCGGAAUUGGGAUUUCCACAGCAUGCCUUGGAAAAUCACACUUCCCUUUGUGGAAGCUGAGAGGGAUAGCAUAUUAAUUUUCAAUGCUCGUAUUUGAACUAUUAUUAUUCUCUUAUUUUCUCUUCUCUCAAUGCAGGUGUAAAAAGGAGAUGAACUGUAGCUGUUCUCUUAUUGUAUUGUUCUUUUUGAGUUUGCCAGAAACUUCUGAUUCCACAACGGCACUUGCUCCACUCAAUGGCUUAUUGUAGAUCAACUUGCUCUCAGCUCCCCCAAAAAAGGGGCGCAAAGUUCCAUUGCCGGUCUUAGCCGUCAAGAAAUGAGCUCGGUUGGGCAGUGAAGAGAUGGAUUAAUACGAGAGAGAUGAAGCAGGCAGGUCAAAUGUUUGAGAAGGCAAAGCCAUACUUGGGAGCAAUAGCAUUAAGAUUUGGUUCUGCAGGAAUGUCAAUUAUUUCUAAGGCUGCUCUAAACCAAGGAAUGAACCAACUUGUUACCAUUGUUUAUCGUUACUCUGUCGGUGCCAUUGUUGUUGCUCCUUUUGCUUUCGUCUUGGAUAGGAAAGUGAGACCAAAGAUGACUCUCCCCAUCUUCGCCAAGAUUCUUCUACUCGGCUUACUCGAGCCUGUAAUAGCCCAGAGCUUGAUUUACUCUGGUACUAAAUACACAACUGCAACGUUUGCAACAGCCAUGUGCAAUAUUCUUCCGGCCUUUGCAUUUAUAAUGGCUUGGAUUUGCAAAAUGGAGAAGGUGAAUAUUAGAAGAUUAAGAAGCCAGGCAAAGAUUUUAGGGACUUUAGUUACAGUAGGAGGAGCAAUGAUGAUGACUCUUAUAAAAGGACCCUUAUUGAAUUUACCUUGGACCAAAGAGAACUCCAACCCUCACUCUUAUUCAAGCCUUGGAAACAAGCAAGAACCUGUUAAGGCUGCCAUUGUUAUCUCCAUCUCAAGUAUCUGCUCCUCAGCCUUCACCAUCCUUCUGGCACAUACAAUAAGGUCAUACCCAGCUGAGUUCACACUAACAACUUUCAUAUGCUUGGCUGGAGCAGUGGAAAGUACUAUUUUAGCGUUAGCAUUUGAAUGGAACAAUCCAGCUGCAUGGGCUUUACAUGCAGACUCCAUACUCUUAGCUGCCCUCUAUGGUGGAAUAAUAUCUUCUGGAAUUGCGUAUUAUAUCCAAGGAGUGGUGGUGAAAUUAAAAGGGCCUGUAUUUGUUACUGCAUUCAAUCCUCUCAGCAUGGUCGUAGUUGCUGUGAUUAGUUCUUUCAUAUUCGCCGAGAGACUGCGCUUAGGAAGGGUUAUUGGAGCCGUUGUUAUAAUUAUGGGCCUAUACUUGGUUUUGUGGGGCAAGAGCAAAGAUAAAGUUCCAUUCAAAGUGGCGAAUAACAAUACUGAUGAAUUGCCAACUUCACUCCAAGACUCAACUACCACAAACCAGCAGCAGCCGAAGCCCUUAGAUCAACAUCUCAAAGCUUCUGCCCCAACAUCAGUAAGCAACUGAUCCACUGCUUGAAUUCCAAUGCUGUCCUUCCAGAGGUGAAACAAUUGAAUUAUAUUACAAGGACAAUCGUAACCGUACAAGAGGAUUAUUUCGUCUCUUCACUUUUAAAAGUUUCAAUUUUCAUAGUCUAUAUCCUAUGCAUGCCACAUCACCUAGAUUUCGAUAGUUCAAUUGAUUCUAUUAGUGUAAGGACGAAAUAGACCAAAAAAUAAAUAAAUAAAUAAAGUGUAUAAUUCUUAUCUA